CUCUGGCGCUGUCUCCACGCCCCGGCGCGCGGCGGCGCGGGGUGAGAGGUCGGGAAGAUGGCGGCGGCCUUGGGGGAGGAGGUGCCGGACAACGAGGACUACUACUCGCUGCUCAACGUGCGGCGGGAGGCCUCUCAGGAGGAGCUGAAGGCUGCCUACCGCCGGCUGUGCAUGCUGUACCACCCCGACAAGCACAGGGACCCCGAGCUCAAGACGCAAGCCGAGCGCCUCUUCAACCUGGUGCAUCAGGCUUACGAAGUGCUUAGUGAUCCACAGACCAGAGCCAUCUAUGACAUAUAUGGGAGGAGAGGACUGGAAAUGGAAGGAUGGGAGGUUGUGGAGAGGAAGAGAACCCCAGCUGAAAUCAGGGAAGAAUUUGAGCGUCUGCAGAGAGAGAGGGAAGAGAGAAGGCUUCAACAGAGAACAAAUCCAAAGGGAACCAUCAGUGUUGGCAUAGAUGCCACCGACCUGUUCGAUCGCUACGACGAGGAGUACGAGGACGUGCCCGGGAGCGGCUUCCCCCAGAUCGAGAUCAACAAGAUGCACAUCUCCCAGUCCAUCGAGGCACCACUGACUGCCACAGACACAGCAAUCCUGUCUGGUAACCUUUCCACCCAGAAUGGGAACGGAGGUGGCUCAAUCAACGUUGCUCUGAGACGAGUGACAUCUGCCAAGGGCUGGGGCGAGCUGGAGUUUGGAGCAGGAGACCUUCAGGGACCUCUCUUUGGGCUGAAGAUAUUCCGUAACCUUACACCACGAUGCUUCAUCACCACCAACUGUGCCCUGCAGUUCUCGUCGCGCGGGGUGCGCCCCGGCCUCACCACGGUGCUGGCUCGGCACCUGGACAGGAACACCAUGGGCUACCUGCAGUGGCGCUGGGGCCUGCAGUCCGCCAUGAACACCAGCCUGGUGCGCGACACCAAGAGCAGCCACUUCACCCUGGCCCUGCAGCUGGGCAUCCCCCACUCCUUCGUGAUGGUCAGUUACCAGCACAAGUUUCAGGAUGAGGAUCAAACACGAGUGAAAGGCUCUCUCAAGGCAGGUUUCUUUGGGACCAUAGUGGAGUAUGGAGCAGAGAGGAAGAUUUCCAGGCACAGCGUUCUAGGAGCCACUGUCAGUGUUGGUGUGCCCCAAGGAGUGUCUCUCAAAAUCAAGUUGAACAGGGCCAGCCAGACCUACUUCUUCCCUGUGCACCUAACAGAUCAGCUGCUUCCCAGUGCUGUGUUCUAUGCCACUGUGGGACCUCUAGUGAUCUACUUUGCCAUGCACAGGCUGAUCAUCAAACCCUACCUCAGGGCACAAAAGGAGAGGGAGCUGGAGAAGCAGAGGGAGAGCACAGCCAGCGACAUCCUUCAGAAGAAGCAGGAGGCCGAGGCUGCGGUGCGGCUGAUGCAGGAGUCCGUCCGCAGGAUCAUCGAAGCGGAGGAAGCCAGGAUGGGUCUGAUCGUGGUGAACGCCUGGUACGGGAAGUUCGUGAACGACAACAGCAGGAGGAAUGAGAAGGUGAAGGUGAUCGAUGUGACUGUGCCCCUGCAGUGCCUGGUGAAGGACUCCAAGCUCAUCCUGACAGAGGCCUCCAAGGCUGGGCUGCCAGGUUUCUACGACCCCUGUGUGGGUGAGGAGAAGAGUUUGAAAGUGCUUUACCAGUUCCGAGGGGUUCUGCACCAGGUGAUGGCAGCUGACAGCGAGGCCCUCAGGAUACCCAAGCAGUCUCACAGGAUCGAUGCCGAUGGCUAACGUGGGGGCGGCGCGGCUGUUACAGACCCUGGGGCAGCACCACCUGCAACCCCCCUGGGCACUGCCACCUUCAGCAGAGACAUUUUGACCCUUCCUGUCCGUGUGGCAGGUGGUGCCCUGCCAGCUGUGUUAGGAGACAGGAGAGCAGCUGCUUGCCCGGGUGCUGCCCCGCGCUGUGGUAACAAUAAAGAGAGUGACUCGGAGUGCGCCGUGCUUUCUGCCAGGGCCUGCGGGGGGCACCGGGCACCACCCUCGGCCAGCUGGCACGGGCUGGGCGCUCUGCCUGAGCUGCUGUGCUCCUCACUUGCUCACGUGCUGCCCAGGGUAGGUAAGGUACCACCACUUCUGCUCAGAGGAGCUGCCAGGUCCCCUCUGCAGCUCCUCUGGAACCGGUGGCUGUCAGGGUCACACCAAACUCCAGCCAGAGUGGAUGAGAGAGCAGCCAGAGCUCAGCUUCCAGGGUGGCUCUGUGCCACCUCCUCAGGGUGGAGGCUGCUGGCUGAGCAGUGGUGCCUGGGGCAGGGUGGGAGGGAAGGAGCUCUCUUCAGCACAGCUCUGAGGUGUUUGGUUUGGGUCUGGCUGAGCAGGGCAGACACAGCAGAGCCUUCAGCAAGGCCUGAGAGCCCUGAGCCGCAGCAGGCAUCGCUCUGCCCUGCUCCAGCACCUGGGCCCCACCAGGAUUCCCCUGACAGCAGAGGGCAAGGAGCAGCUGCUGUAGAGAGCUGGGGGUACCCCUCAGCACCCAAGAGGGAUGGGCAGCACCCCCUGGCAGCACGCCUGCAGCGUUGCCAUGCUGCCACCUGGCACACCGCUGCACACCAGUAAAGCAGAAGCACAGACUCCUGAGGUCAGGGUAAGACAAAGUCGUUGUUCACUUGUUCCACAUUUAAGGAAAAACCAUGGUUCAUUAAAACAGUUUUAAUGAAAAAAUAAAGUUCUGGAGUAAGCUCUCAUUGUACAUGGCUGCAGUGAUGAAGGAGAAGGGAGACGCUG